AUGGAGCAGCAAUUGAAACCUCUCAUUGCUGAACGCGGCGCGAUCAAAGGCAAAUUGACCCUUUUCAAACGGUUUGUUGAAACAACGGCACUUGAUAUGGACAUAGCUAUGGUCGAAAAACGUGUAAAAGCAAACGAAGGGUUAUUUGAGAAAUUUGAUGCAGUGCAGUCACAAAUCGAAAUUCUAGUUUCGGGCACCGAGCAUGAGGAAUCUCACAUGCAUGAGCGAGACAUUUUUGAGACCACCAUUUUCGGCACUCUGGCAAACGUAGAGAAAUUCAUAAAUUCAUCUCGUGGUAUUCAAGCAUCCGCACCAUCACCGACGGUCUCAGCCUCCGAAUCCAUCGCAAGACAGGUCACGCCACAAUUGCCCACAAUUGUGCUGCCGUCUUUCGAUGGAAACUAUAACGAUUGGCUGCGUUUCAGGGACACGUUCGAAUCAUUAAUUCAUAGUUCUUGCGUUAGGAGCAGGGAAUGGGAUAAGCAUUUAAUUAAGCGUUCCGAGAGACUAGGAUUUAGAGAUUUCGUGCAGUUUAUCGAACAACAAGCUAAAUUCCUUGAACGAACGAUGAUCAACACUCAACCUCCAAUGUAUGCUUCCAAACCACUCCAUAAGGGUAGGACAACUUCCGACCCAAUAGCCACCCAUGUUUCAAGUGCGCAGAAUAAUUGUGCCUUAUGCAAGGGCAACCAUCAACUGCAUCAUUGUGCUAAACUAUUAGCAAUGCAGCACCCAGAACGGCACGAGACAGUGAAACGCCUUCAAUGCUGUUUCAACUGUCUCGCGCUAGGGCACAGCAUAAAGGGUUGUACUCGAGGCGUUUGUAGAAAGUGUGGAAGAAAACAUCACACACUGCUACAUCGAGACGAAGCAACCACAGACCGGGAAAAACCCUCAAAUCGCGUAUCCGAAGUGACCUCUGUUCGUGACCAUGAGCAAGAUAGACCCUCGACAUCCGGUAUACAAUCAUAUAUCUCGAAUUCAAGGGAGUCCACCGUAGAAUAUACCGUGCUAUCCACCGCAAUUGUUUAUAUCGAAGAUGCAAGGGGUAACGCACACGAGUGUCGCGCGCUGCUAGACGUCGGACCGCAAGUCCAUUUCAUUACCAAUAGUUUUUGUGAAAGGUUGGGCCUGCCAGCCUCGACAAUAGAUGUGACCGUGGGGGGUUUAAGUAGAGUAGCUAAUUCUGUCAAACGCAAAACAAACGUGACGAUAAAAUCGCGCUGUGGUAAUUUUAGAUCAGAUUUAUCUUGCUUGGUAAUAAAAAAUAUCACCGAAGACAUGCCCAACGUACCAGUAACCCGAGAGGCACUUACCACUCCUUCUGGAAUUUUGCUCGCGGAUCCGCAAUUUGACCACCCCAGUCGGGUUGACCUGCUAAUCGGAGCCGGCCUGUUUUGGAAAUUGCUGUGUAUUGGGCAGCACAGGACAGGACAGGGUAAUCUGGUGUGGCAGAAAACUCGACUCGGGUGGAUAUUAGGGGGAGCACUGACCUGCCCACGUAGUACGAAGAGGGAGGGGGUUAGUGCGUGCCAUCUUGCAACCGACGACAAACUUCAGCUUGCAAUAGAGAAAUUCUGGGAGGUUGAAACGCAGGGUUGCUCCAACAACACCCAAACACAUCCUCCAAUCACAGACGCUGAAAGACAUUUUACAGACACGACACAACGCGACACGGACGGACGGUAUAUAGUAGCAAUCCCAAAAGGGGAUAACAUAGAACAAUUAGGAGAAUCGCGAAGUCAGGCGGAAAGACGCUUGAUUGGGAUGGAACGGCGAUUUUCUAGAAAUCCGGAACUUCGCGAGCAAUAUUUAGCAUUUAUGGCCGAAUACGAAACCCUGGGUCACAUGACACGCGUGGAUGUAGAUGACAAUGACCAUUCAAAAUCCAGUUACUAUUUGCCUCACCACGUAGUAUUUAAAAAUUCAAGCACCACCACAAAAAUUCGUGUUGUUUUCGAUGGCUCCGCAAAGACUUCGUCAGGUAUCUCAUUAAAUGAUACUCAGUUAGUUGGUCCCACCGUGCAGAGCGAUUUGUUUUCCAUUCUUCUCCGGUUCAGGAAACACCGCUUCGUUCUGUCUGCCGAUAUUGAAAAAAUGUACAGACAGAUUCGCGUUUGUCAGGAAGAUCGCAGACUGCAACGCAUACUCUGGCGCUCGAAUCCAAAUUCACCUAUUCAAACAUAUGAAUUGAAUACGGUGACCUAUGGCACGGCCGCGGCUCCAUUUCUGGCUACACGCGUCUUGAGUCAAAUCGGUCGCCAACACGCGGAAUCAUUUCCAAUAGCAAGUCGCGCAAUCAUACAAGAUUUUUAUGUGGACGACCUGCUUACUGGAUGCGAAACCAUUGAGGAGGCUUUUGAAUUGCGUCAUAGUCUCAUAAAAAUAUUAGAACAAUCAGGUUUCACUUUGCGAAAAUGGGCUAGCAAUAACCCGUCCAUAGUCACGGAAAUGAACGAAAACAGGGGCGCUGUCACAAUAAAAACCGCCGAUAGGGACCCGAAAACCCUAGGAUUACUGUGGACCACGGAAUCAGACGAGCUCCACUACGCGGUAAAAAGUUAUUCAUCCAAUCGCAUCACGAAACGCGUCAUCUUGUCGGAAAUCGCUCAGAUCUUUGAUCCACUCGGACUGCUUGGGCCUAUAAUAACCAAGGCCAAGUUGAUAAUGCAACAACUGUGGCAGGAACGGGCAGGCUGGGAUGAAAGUUUGCCCCAACUCAUCCACACACAAUGGUCGCGAUUUCGAAGCGAAUUGCUUAAUGUCGGGUCAAUAACGGUUCCAAGAUGUGUAAUUAGUAGCAAUAAGGUACGAAUUGAGAUGCACGGGUUCUCAGAUGCCUCUGAACGUGCAUACGGAGCUUGCAUCUACCUGCGCACUCUAGUUAACACCCAUGUAUGGGUCAGCAAUUUAUUGUGUGCGAAGUCACGAGUCGCGCCGUUAAAAUCGAUCACUCUACCACGGUUGGAAUUAUGUGGAGCAUUGCUGCUAGCUCAGCUAGCAAACACUGUGAAACAUGCACUUCAGCUUGACAUUGACGUGGAACAUUACUGGACAAGAUGGAAAACAUUUGUCGCAAACCGCACCUCUCAGAUUCAGCAAUUAACUGACCCCAAUCACUGGCACCAUGUGUCAUCAUCCGACAAUCCCGCGGACAUUAUUUCUCGGGGCGCGACGGCAAUGGAAUUAAGGGACAACAAGUUGUGGUGGCACGGGCCGACCUGGCUUACACAAGAAGCCGCCCAAUGGCCAUCCGGAGACGUCAUUGUAAGGGAUAUACCUGAGGCACGGCAGACUGACACUACCUGUUUGUCGAUGACAGGAGCAAGGAACGAGUUGAAUCAGCUCGGUGCCUUGCUAAGGGAUGAAACCCACAAUAAUCAUGUUCGAACAUACUUAGCACAAGAACAAAUAGAAUGGCAUUUGAUCCCACCACACGCACCACACUUCGGAGGACUUUGGGAGAGUGCAGUGAAGUCCGUAAAAACACACCUGAAGAGGGUCAUUG